AAUACUCCAAUCUAAAAGACAAGUUGAACUUUGAGUCAACAAAACAAACUUACCUUCUUCUCUUUCCUCUUCCACCACCACCACCUUUUCCUGUUUUCCUAACUUACAAGUUUGAAGAACUGCACAAACUAAACGACUUUCCUGACACGAAAACCCAGAAAAAUAAAAUGAGAUCAGAGACAAUAACACUGGUGCUGGUGAACUUAGCAGGAAUCAUGGAGAGAGCAGAUGAGUCACUGCUACCUGGAGUAUACAAAGAAGUUGGAGCAGCACUUCAUACAGACCCGACUGGGCUGGGCUCAUUGACCCUUUUCAGAUCCAUUGUUCAAGCCUCUUGUUACCCACUUGCUGCUUACCUUGCUAUCCGCCAUAAUCGGGCUCAUGUCAUUGCUCUCGGCGCUUUUCUUUGGUCUGCUGCUACUUUCCUCGUCGCUUUCUCCUCCACCUUUUUCCAGGUGGCAGUGUCAAGGGCAUUGAAUGGUAUUGGACUUGCUAUUGUUAUACCUUCAGUACAGUCCCUCGUUGCAGACUCCACUGAUGACAGUAACCGUGGCACAGCAUUUGGGUGGUUACAUCUCACAAGUGGCCUUGGCACAAUCCUCGGAAACAUCUGUUCUGUCUUAAUAGCCUCAACAUCCUUCAUGGGAAUCCCUGGUUGGAGGAUCGCUUUUCAUUUGGUCGGGAUAGUCAGUGUUAUAGUUGGCAUUUUAGUGCGUCUUUUUGCCAAUGAUCCUCGCUUUUCAGAUAAGAGUGAAAAGUCUAAACAUGAAAUAAAACCACGCGUAUCCUUUUUGGAAGAAAUGAAGGAUCUGUUACAGGAAACAAAAUCAGUUGUUCGAAUUCCUUCUUUUCAGGUAUUUGUUGCUCAGGGUGUGGCUGGUUCAUUUCCAUGGUCAGCAUUGUCAUUUACACCUAUGUGGUUAGAGCUUAUUGGCUUCUCACACAAGACUACCGCGUUACUUAUAACCAUAUUUGCUGUUACUGGUUCUUUGGGAGGUUUUCUUGGAGGUAGAAUGGGGGAUAUCCUUUCAAGACGUUUGCCUAAUUCUGGAAGAAUCAUUUUGUCUCAGAUAAGCUCUGGUUCUGCUAUUCCAUUAGCAGCAAUUCUAUUAUUAGGUUUACCUGAUAAUCCUUCUACUGCCUUCUGGCACGGUUUAGUUUUCUGUGUUAUGGGACUCGUCAUAACUUGGAAUGGAGCUGCCACUAACAACCCAAUAUUUGCAGAAAUAGUACCUGAGAAACAACGAACAAGUAUAUAUGCAUUGGAUCGUUCUUUCGAGACAAUACUAGCCUCAUUUGCACCCCCAAUAGUUGGAAUCCUGGCUCAGCAUGUUUAUGGGUAUAAGCCAGCUGCAAUAGGAUCAUCGGACGCUGCAGCAAUUGAAACAGACAGAGAAAACGGUAAAUCACUUGCCAAGGCGCUAUACACAGCAAUUGGAAUUCCUUUUACAGUUUGCUGCUUCAUCUACUCCUUCCUUUACUGCACAUACCCUAGAGAUAGAGACCGAGCAAAGAUGCAAGCUCUCAUAGCAUCAGAGAUACAGUUAAUGGAAGAUGAUGCUUCUCCUAUCAUAGCAGAAGAGUCCCCACUACGAUUUUCAGAAUCAGAUGAUCCGAGUUCCAGAGAUAAAAGCAUCAUUAAUAUCCAACACGGAGGUGAUGGGGGUCUUGAAUUUGAUGAAAAUGAACAAAAGACCCUUCUUCAACCCCAGGUAGUACCUUUGUCAGAUUCUAGAAAAACAAUGUCAUACGUAUAAGACCGUCUUUUUUCUUUCAAAGGAGCUUUUCUUACUCAGAAAUAUAUAUACAUGUCACUUGAGAUUACCCAUUUUAUAAGGGUGUUGCAAUACAGGAAGCAUUGUUUCUCUAAAGACUUCAGCCUAUGCACAUAGAAAGUUAAUACUGCAGAUUUAUGAUCCUUCUGACGAAAAAAUCUGUACCUAUUUACUUAGCAGAAAGUUGGCUUCUCCCAUAACAAUGCCACACACCUAAUGACAAUUUUUGUAAUCGCUUGCUCUCUAUAAGGAGGGAUAUAAUAUACUUUGAAAAAAAAUUCCUAAUUCUGGAAGAAUUGUUCGAUCA